CGAAAACUAACUGAUUGCAAUUAUUUUGCUUCACAGAUUCUUUCUGAAUUUCUUUUUAUUUCUCGCGCACAUGGGACAAAAUUUUAUCAAAUCUAAUCCUAUUUUAUGUUAAUAUCCCGACAUUUCUUGUCAACAGUUGGCAACAUCAGAUGUUCGAAAAUACAUUUUCUUCCGUUUCAUGACGCGCAUCAGUGACGAAUCAAUCGAACCCCCGUCUUAUUUGACAUCACAAUGUUCGUAUUAAAAGAGACAACAUUUGUAACUUUUCCAGAUCGCGACUUUCCACUUGUAAGCUAGACUUUACAUUUGAUAACGAACAUGAAGGCAUUUCUGCUAGUCUUGCUGCAGUGUGUGUGUUACGGGUAUUCCCCUGUAUCAACGAUGCAUAUUCAAGAAGAGAUUUGUCGGAGCGGAACAGCCUCUCUGAAAAUACAAGUAGUGAGAGAAAAAAUGUCAAGAGAGUCCAUGUUCAUCCCUCAAUUAGUAGUGGACCCAAUCCACACUCCUUUUAGGAAGAAGAGAAAUAUCCUGCCGCCUCGUUCACCUAUUUUGGCAUCAUGCGCUUUCGGCAACAAAUAUGUAGUCAAGAUUUUGGAAGUCUUGAGUAAUGGUGCUAACAUAGGUAUCCCCGAUGAUAGGAUUAUUUCCGUGUUUCAUACCAACAGUAUGCUAAAACUGUCCACGGAGUAUUUUGUCACAGUUUCACCAUACAAGAACUGUGCAGAACUAAAGGUGAUGACAGCACGUGAAUGGGACACUCUUAAUAUGAUUCAAAAGAACUGGCUGGAGAAUGACACCUACAAAAACAACUGUGGAGAGAUGGAGCAGUGCUUCGGAAAUAUCGAUUCCACAACUUUUAGAUGCUACGACAAGUUUUCGUAUUGCGCAACAAUCAAAGGACAACGUAGAUUGAAGAAAAAAUCAAGGAGAUUUGCUUUCUGUGUGAAGCGCUGGACAAGGGAGGGCCCUUCUAGACAUAGGAGGCAGAUAGAUGCCAACAAAGGAUUAAUGUUAUUCUUAUGUUGAUCCAAGAAUAAAAUCUUUUUUAACAUGA